AAAGACGCAGAAAUUUGGUCCGUGGAAACAAAGGAUACCGAGGAGAAGGUGACGACGCUCUUAGCUCUCUCCUCUCCUCUUUUCCCUUCCAUUUUCCUCUUCAAUUUUGAACUUUCUUGUCGAAUUUUCACUUUUAAUUUCUCAAUCCUCUCUCUCUCUCUCUCUGUGCGUGUGCCUGCGUGCUUUUGAGACGAUCUGUUUGAUGCAAUGUCUGCUGAUGCGUCGCCUGGAGUGGCUCUCGAAGGUCUCGACGUUGUAGCGGACUAUAUUUGGAAACCAAAUGGAGCAUGCUUCUCACUGGCUGUUGUUCUGCUGAUAAAGACGAGGGCAAAUGAAGGUGCAGGAUCAUUGUCAUGGGAUCGGUUUAUUCAUGUUUUUGAUCUGGUGCAGAAUGGAAAUCAGGCAUUCCGAGAGAAUCAUUUUGAGGAGGCUAUCAAUUAUUACUCAAGAGCAAAUGAAGUCAAACCUGGGGAUCCUAUUAUUCUUAGCAACAGGAGUGCUGCUUAUAGCAGGAUCAGCCAAUUCCUGAAACAGAGGCCUGCUUCUGCUUCCGAAUCUAAACCAUUAAAUGGGCUGGAUCCUACUAUGCAUGCUGAACUUGCACUCAAGGAUGCUGAGAAGGUGAUGAACCUCAGAAACAAUUCAGUGAAUCCAUACAUCUUAAAGGCCAGUGCUCUCAUCCUGUUGGAAAAAUAUGAGUUGGCUCGAGAUGUUUUUCUUUCAGGCCUUCAAGUUGAUCCUUUUAGCAAUACUCUUCGGGCUUCUCUUCAGAAUUUGGAGAGAUUAAGGGCUAAUACAUUGAGGAGAACCCUUGGUAAACCAGAACGUAGUGAUGACUUUGAUUGCACUCUCUGCCUGAAGUUACUAUAUGAACCUGUUACAACUCCUUGUGGACAUUGUUUUUGCCGUUCAUGUUUGUUUCAGUCAAUGGAUUGCAGAAACAGAUGUCCGUUGUGCCGAACAGUUCUCUUUAUUAGUCCUAGAGAAUGUGCAAUCAGCGUGACACUAAACAACAUCAUACAAAAGAACUUCCCGGAGGAGCAUGCUGAGAGGAAGUCUGAGCAUGAAAGUUUGACAAAUUUAGGGGUUGAUCUGAUCCCCCUAUUUGUUCUGGAUGUUGUUAUCCCAUGUCAGAAGUUUUCACUCCACAUAUUUGAACCCCGAUACAGAUUAAUGGUCAGGAGGAUAAUGGAAGGAAAUCAUCGGAUGGGAAUGGUUACCCUGGAUUCUGCUACAGGAUUAAUAGUUGAUAUUGCCUGUGAAGUGGAGAUUGCAGAGUGUGAGCCACUUCCAGAUGGACGAUUCUAUCUAGAGGUCAAAAGUGGCCGUAGAUUUCGCAUCAUCCGAUCUUGGGAUCAAGAUGGGUAUCGCGUUGCAGAGGUUGACUGGUUACAGGAUGAUCCACCAAAAAUGAGAGCAGAAUUACAGGAUGUUACAAAUAAUGCAGCUGAAUAUGUGCAAUCAUGGUUAAGGAGGGUAAAGGAAUCUGCAAGACAAGACAGAAGAAGACUUGAUAAACUAUUAAGUGUAGAAGCGAUGAUGCCGUCACCGUUGGAUCCAGAGCGCUUCAGUUUCUGGCUUGCUACAUUAUCGGACAUGAAGCCUUAUGAAAAACUGGAGCUUCUGCGCACAAGGGAUACAGAAGAGAGGAUAAAACGAGGAUUGGUUUAUCUUAGAGCAGCAGAACAGGGCUGCAGCGUGCAAUAAUAUACUUCACAUAUUUGUAGAUUGAAUGCUUCACAAGCUAUCAAAUUGUAUAAUCAACAUUCUCUGAUCCACAUGAUCGUGGAUCCUUUCCUUUUUUCGUAACAAGUUAAGUCUUCAAACUAGAAUUUGGCGAUACAGGAAAAAUCCAAUUUUCACAUA